CUUUCUCUUUCUCUCUCUCUCUGGCCUACAUGGUCGGACACUCGCUCACUCUCACAUUCCCGCCAUAUUGGAUACCGUGAGCCGUUUCAGACCCCAGUGUUAAAGUAACAUUGGUGAAGGAUAGAUCGCGCUCUCACACACGCCAGAAAAAAUGCUUCGUCGGACGCUAUGUGGCGUCGCGGUGCUCCUGAUUACGUCACUGGUAGACGCCGCCCCGUACAACAAAUAUGGAAGAUCGUGUAAGGACAUCGGCUGCCGGAGCAAUGAAGUGUGCGUCAUGGAAAGGAAAGAUUGCGGAACUUAUGAGAGCGAAGGUGAUACUUGCGGUCGAUACCCAACCUGUAAACGGUCGUCUAGUACAACCGAAAGCUGCACUUCACUCGUUUGUCCGGCUGGUCAGUACUGCAGAUCAGAAAAUGGAAUACCAACCUGCGUAAGCACGCUGGCAGGACAAGGAUACGAUUCGGCCGGAGUCUCGAUCGUGAAUGGACAACCCUCGCAAACGAACAAUCGCCAUGACCCGCCGCCCGUAGUUUCGCCGAACGCGAACCCCUCGUACCCCCAAAAUCCUUACUCCAACGCGAACGCGCCUCCGAUUCCACCCCCGGGGCAAAACUACCCCGUCAACUCUGCGACCAAUCUGGGCUACCCCCCUGACCCCCCGAGCAACCGGCCAGCUUCCGGUUCCGGUUCCACCAACCUGGGCUACCCCGCCUAUCCCUCGAACAGCGGCUCUUCGACCGGAAACACGAACCUCGGCUACCCCCCCUACCCGACAGUGAACCGGAUGCCGAACCCCGGACAGACCAACUACCCUCAGCCAAACUACCCUCAGCCAAACUACCCGCAGUCAAACUACCCUCAAUCAAACUACCCUCAAUCAAACUACCCUCAGUCAAACUAUCCCAGCGGCUAUCCACAGCCGGGAAAUUAUCCGGUCCAGCAAUAUCCCGGCCACCAGAACUAUCCGACCAGUACUCAGAACCGUGGAUACAAUAGUUUCAACUCGAACACCGGCUAUCGCAGGAAGAGCGGAUGUUCCAUCGCUUCGCCGACCGUCUCGCUUGUUCUUGUCUCAUUCGCUGUGGUCGUAAAGUAUUUUUCGUAAUCUUGUGUUUGAUACACGAUACGGUGAAACCGUAAUGAGUAAAAGCAAAAGUAGAUUUUUUCGUGAACACACACGACGUGCUUUUUAUAUACUACCUUUACUAGACGUUGGUCACACUCUUUGGUUUAUUUAAAAAAAAAAAAAAAAAAAUUUCUUAUCAAUAUUUUUACAAUUCUAGAAUCUCUUUGAGUUGCACAUUUUUCAUCGGCCGGAGAAUAUUUGAAAAGUUAAAAUUCCGGGUUUUUAAUCAGCUCGCGGAGCAAAUGAUCGACGUUCGAUUGAAAUCAAACGAACGAUUUACCGCGUUGAACCAUUCUUUGUAUCCUUCGAUUUGAACCCUUUGCGGGAUUUUUGACCGCUCCACGAAUAGAAAUCCACUCUUCGAGACUCUCUUCUUUAUACAUACCAUCCCUUGUCUCUCUCCUUUCGCGGUUCAAGGGGGUUGACACGAGUUCGUCGUGUUAGCUUCGAGUUUCGUGAUUUUCGUGAAAGAAGUCGCAGUUCAUUCUCGUAAGGUUGUUAGAUUCUACUUAAUGUUACAUUCUACGCUGUGAUGUCUACUUUAAUCUACAGGCCAAUUGUAAUCUGUCCGACAUAAUAAUUUGUAAAUUACUUUUAAAUACCAUUGAAAUUGUCUAUGCAAUUUAAAACAUCGUUUGUAGCUUGAGAUUGUAAAUUCAAAUGCUCCGUCGCGAUUUAUUUUGCGUACGAGUAUCUUAUGUAUCUAUAUAUGUUAAAUUGAAGCCAUGACGAUACAGGAAACAGCAGUGCUUCCGUGCCUUAUGUAAAUUUGAAUCCGUAUGCUUACUGUUUCGUCUUCACAAGUCUAGAGAUUCGCUUAUAUCCUUCAAAUAUUUGUGAGAA